GUGAGCGCAGCAGAUGUCGUGCGGUGCAGUGCAGUGCAGGUGCGGGAUCUCUGAAUCGCUGACGCCCAGCCUCCUCUGUCAUCUCCCUCCUCGGACCUCGCCACCUCACGCGGAAGGAGGGGAAGAGGAAGCGCGGAGACUGGAAAUCGGGCCCCAAAUCCGCUUCGGUCUCUCGAUCGGCGAGCAGGCAUGAUUCAUACAACCGGCUAGGAUGGCCUCAAAAGCUAUAAAAAGAAGGCCUAUCAGCGCUGAGACUGAUACAACAGGGGAAAAACAAAUGGAUACAGCACUGUCAGAUCCUGUAACAGAACCUCUUCUAGGAAACACUCCUCAGGAAGAGAAAUCCAAGACAUAUGAGCCUAUUACACGGUCAGGUUUCUGGGAUGGGACGGCACAGGAGUGUCUUCGUUGGACACAUCUUUUAGCAGCUUUUGUUGCUCAAUCUGCAAGAAACAUAGUAAAUGUUCUUUCUGAAUUUGGAUAUUUGCUAGCAAGACUCUUUGGUUGCUCUUCUGCUUCCAAAAGUUCACAAAAUGGACAGACACUUCCAGUUAACCUCAGUCCAUUACAGGAAGAAAGGUUAAGAUUGUUGAGACAAAGGAUAGAUGUGCCAUAUGACUGCUCCUCUGUCAAGCAUCAGGAUGCCCUGAAAGAACUUUGGAAGUUGGCUUACCCUAACAGACAACUUCCUCCUCUGAAGUCAGAUCUCUGGAAGGAGAUGGGCUGGCAGAACUCCGAUCCAUCCACAGAUUUUAGAGCAGCUGGGUUCAUGUCCUUGGAGAAUCUAAUAUAUUUUGCCAGAAAUUACCCAGAUUCCUUUCACAGGCUACUGCAUAAAGCAGAUGGUAAGAGAGCUGAAUGGGAGUAUCCUUUUGCAGUAGGCGGCGUAAACAUAUCCUAUAUGUUAGUUCAAAUGCUGGAUUUACAGUCAGGAAAAAUGAGAACAAAAGCUGGUGUUCACUUUGUUCAACUACUCGAUGAUGACGGUGUGGCUUUCGAUAACCUUUUCUGUGUAGCAUUUCAGGUGCUUGAUUCUCAAUGGCUUGCAAGGCGAGCGAGUUAUAUGGAAUUCAAUGAGGUUCUGAAGUCUACACGGGGUCAGUUAGAGCAAGAGCUUACUAUCGGAGGUAUUUCUCGCAUUCAAGACAUGCCAUCAUUCAGAAUGCUGAGAAGGUAGCGCUGUUUGUACUUCACAGGAAAAGAGAUACAUUUUAGAUUCCAAUAUAUUGUUUAAAUUUGUUGUCCGUUCUUUCACUGGAUUUUGAAGACGUGACAUUGUGUAUGUUAUUGAGUAUAUUGUUUGUAAUGUCGCAGCUUAAAGCUACAGAUCAUAAUAUAUGAUAUGAUAUCUUGAAAAGAAAAACUACGACUUCCAGACAUUUUUA